GCCAAGUCCACGUUAUCUUUAUUCUAGAUAACAUGUUUAUGUUUUGACGAAUCGCAGACACUUGCACGAGUAAAUCAUAAGUAUUUGAUUGAAAUAUUCUGUUUACAAUGUUCGAAUAAAAUACACAAAGUUGGACAAAAUGGAUAAAAUAUGUGCAAUAUUUAUUUAUAUCUGUCAUAUUAUAAUAUUUAUGAUAGGAGCUGUAUCAGUAGGCGGUGGGAUUUAUAUUAUUGCUGGAUUUGACAAAAUGGAUGAGAUAAAUACUCCAACAUUCGACAAAGCUAAAGACAAUAUCAGGGAAAUGAUUAAAGUUAUCAACGUGUUUCCAGGCGUAGAAAUUUUACACCCACCAAAUGUUACAAUGGCGGAUCCUUUAAAAGACAUGAACUAUAAAGGAUUUAUCAGAGCAUGCGGAUUAUUUCUUCUGGUGUUUGGUGCCGUAAUUUCUACAAUUUCAGUUCUUGGUUUAGUGGGAACGUUUCGUAAGUCACGGCGUCUGACAAUAACGUAUGUUGUAGCCUUGGGUUUACUAACUCUAAUACAGAUCGCAGCAGUUGUUUUGUAUAAAGCCGAUCGAACCAUAGUAAAUAAAGUUAUCUUUAAGCACUUUUUUAAAAGUUUAGAUGAAUCGUAUAAAGGAUUCAGUUCAAACGAUCCUGUCAGCAUUGGAUGGAACCUUUUUAUGCAGCAGUUCAACUGUUGUGGUAUUCAUGGAUACACAGAUUUCCAAUCGUCGAAUUCUUUUGAUGAGAAAUGGGGAGAACCGAUUCAUACUAUGAUCACGCCGCACGCAAUCAACUUUUCUGUAGCUUGCUGCAAUUCAAUAGAAAUUCACCCAAGGGGUUUUCAGGGACCCUGUAGAGAAAAAGAUUAUAUUCAUAAAAGGGGAUGUAUAGACGUGUUCUGGGAGACAGCAGAUACAUACCAAGCUCCUGUCAUAGCUCUUGUGUCAAUCGCCUGUCUGAUUCAGCUUUCUCAGAUAAUUGUAACUUGUUACACCAGAAUUAUCAAAUCGAAUAAAUCCAGCAACAAAAAGACAGACCAAAUGGAUACAAAAAAAUACAACAAUGUUUCUCCAUCGAAAAAAGAUAUAAAACUUGGACCGAAACCCCCUGUAUACUCGGAUGAAGAAAUUUGGUAUCCUGAAGUUCAGAAAAAUAAUUAUGUUUCCCCACAAAAACAAGCAUGGAAUACAGGAAAUGCAGAAGAUAUUUUAGAGGAAAAAGAGAAAUGGUAUUCCGGAGAUAGACGAAAACCUACGAAACGACCAAAUAGGUCUUUAGUCAUGGACUUUUAAUAGCAGUAAUAUAAAUUGGCAAUGUCGUCAUCUGAACAAUACUGUUAACUCUGUAGAAUGUUACCCUACAUUCUUUUUUUGUGAACAUUUUAAAGUACUGAUUUACCUGUG